AUGCCGCCCAGGCGUUUGCGUCUCGACUUCUCCGCCGCUGAGCUACACGCCUUGGGGAUAACACCCGACAUGGACCCUCGCACGUUAGUAGAAGUGCUCCAGAGACUCCACCAGAGACUACAAACCAGCGUCCAAGAGGCUUCAGUACAACCACGGGAAGAGCAAAAGAAUCCCUGCGAUAACUGCCUUGACCGCUAUCACAAGACGAAACAUUGCCCGUUACCCUGCGGCCACUGCGGCCAGGCAUGGCACAACGUCGCCGCCUGCACUAGCUCCAAGCGCAAUCGUUGCCGCUGCAGCCCCUUUCCCCAACGACACCUCGCCAAGCAAUGCCCCAAAAUGUGUACGCCGGGCGAAUGUCCCACCUUUCAUAUGGGCGAUGGGAUCACAGCCAUGAUGUGCAAAGCCCGCUGCUGCAUGUGUGGUAUCCCGGACCAUGCCGGUCGCGAUUGUCACCUCAAGAAGUGCCGCUGCGGAGGGCAGCACUUGACAGUCGACCACAUGCCUAUGGAUCGACAGUGCGUCGUGGUGAGCUGCCCGCGAUGGUUCUGUGCCAAGCAUUGCCAGGCCUGCGAGGCCGAGCUGGAGAAGCUCAACGAUGAGGUAUGCCAGAGCUGCGGCUCCAAGCAGGAGAUUCGUCCAUCUGUGCCGCGGUCGCACCAAUGGGCGAGUCCUGAUUUUGAAUAUGUGGAUGCAGCGUUGGCAUGGGGCAAUAGCAAGUAUGGCAAGGCUAUAUUUGGUAAAGAUGUCGCAUUUUGA